CUGGAGUUCGAUCCCUAUCUGGUGGAGACCUAUUAUCUGAUCGCGGUCAUCACUUGCCUGGUGUUGAUCGGCGCACGCUGGCUGGUCAACACGAAGGUGGGCGUCGUGCUGCAGGCCAUCCGCGACAACGAAGAGCGCGUGCGCUAUCUCGGUUACGACGUCGCCAUCUACAAGGUGUUCUUCUUCUGUAUCUCUGCGGCAAUCGCGGGCUUGGCCGGCAUGCUUUAUGUGAUUGCGGCCGAGUUUGCCUCGCCCACCUACAUGAAUAUCGGCUUCAGUAUUUCGAUGGUGGUGUGGGCUGCCGUCGGCGGCCGCUGGUCACUGUUGGGCGCGUGCAUCGGCGCGAUCCUGUUGAACGUGGUCGAAGCCACGGUCAGCGAAACGGAAAUGCUGGUGGAGGCUUGGCAGCUCAUCAUCGGCGCGAUCUUCCUGUUCGUCGUUCUGGUGAUGCCGCGCGGGCUCGCGGGCUUCAUCCAAGCAGUGGCGGACUUGGCGCUGGCACGGCUCCACAAAGCGGUCAGGGAACGACGAGUCAGGUGA